CGCCGCCGGCGGCCCUGGCAGAGUAGGGGCACCGCAGGGCGGAGGGUGGCAGGGGCCGGCGGGCGUGGGGAGGAGAACCUCCAUGCAACACCAUGACAGGCAUCGCCGCCGCCUCCUUCUUCUCCAAUACCUGCCGCUUCGGGGGCUGCGGGCUCCACUUCCCAACGCUGGCGGAGCUCAUCGAACACAUCGAGGACAACCACAUCGAUACAGACCCACGUGUAUUAGAGAAACAAGAACUACAACAACCAACGUAUGUUGCUCUCAGUUACAUUAAUAGGUUUAUGACUGAUGCUGCUCGACGAGAACAGGAAUCUCUGAAGAAAAAAAUUCAGCCCAAACUCUCCCUGACUUUAUCAAGCUCAGUGUCCCGUGGGAAUGUAUCUACUCCGCCCCGCCACAGCAGUGGAAGCCUUACUCCGCCGGUCACGCCACCCAUCACUCCUUCCUCCUCAUUUCGUAGCAGCACACCUACAGGCAGUGAAUAUGAUGAGGAAGAAGUGGACUAUGAAGAUUCAGACAGUGAUGAAUCCUGGACUACAGAAAGUGCCAUCAGUUCUGAAGCGAUCCUCAGUUCAAUGUGUAUGAAUGGAGGGGAUGAAAAACCUUUUGCUUGUCCAGUCCCUGGGUGUAAAAAGCGGUAUAAGAAUGUGAAUGGUAUAAAAUAUCAUGCCAAGAAUGGCCACAGAACACAGAUCCGUGUGCGGAAACCAUUCAAAUGCCGUUGUGGGAAGAGUUACAAGACAGCUCAGGGUCUGCGGCACCAUACAAUCAAUUUCCACCCACCAGUGUCUGCUGAGAUUAUCAGGAAGAUGCAGCAAUAACAUGCUGGUCACAAAUGUGCCAAGGAAUCCUCACCAGCAGUUGCUGAUUUUGAAGGCAGCCACCUUCACUGGGGAAGCACUGAGCAACCCCUUAAAGAAUUUAAUGCAUGCUUUACCAUUUUUUUCUGUAAUUUUGGAAUGAUGUAUCUUUGUAGAGCUUGAUUUUGUACAUUUGCACAUGUAAUCAUGCCCAUAUACAUUACUUUGAUAUAAAGGUGCUAAAAAGCUACAGGUUUUUUUUAAAAGUAUUCCCACACUCCGCACCCCCCAAAAAAGGAGAAUUAGGGAUGUUGUAUUUUUAGUUCUGCAGUGUUAAAUAAGAAUGGGGAAGGGGGAGGAAAGCUUGGCACUGCGUUAACCAAGAUUGUAAUGUGAUUGAAGAGAUUCAACACAUCCGUUCCCAUGUGCUUGCAAAACCAAAACAAUUCCCCAUUAUCCACCUGGUUAAUAUGCCUUAUGUAAUAGAGAUAUCUGUGGGAUAGUAAGGUUUUAGGUAUUGGAAUUAUAAAUAAAGAGAAUGUUUAACAUAUGCUAAAAUAUUUUCAUACUCAAAUAACAUACAUAAAAGGUGUGCUUGCUGUAUUUUAUAUUAUCUUGCAAAUUCUUUAGGCUUCUGAAAUGCUGAAAAUCUUUGCAUUUGAACUAGCAAUCUCUAGCAUUAGAACCCUACUUCUAUCUGUACAUGAUGUUAUAUAAUGUUAAAGACCCAUCUAGAAUCUCUAGGACCAAGUUCCCCUGGUCCUGUUAUUGUUCCCCAAUAUAUACUACUAGAAGACACUUGGAAAUGAAGUGCAAAUUUUGUGAGGGAGAAAUUAUCUUCAUCUUAGAUGAAGUUCUUAAAGCACUUUGCAGUUCUCAAUUGCCAACAAAUUUAAAUGUUUUGUGUUGCCAAUUGUUGCAAUUACUGUACUACUAUGGACCAGUGAUUGCAAUUAAAAAAAAAAUCUAAGCAUGAUUUAAGGAGGUACACUAUUUGUGUUACGGGAGUUUCUAGUUCCAUUUACAUUGUACCUUCAGAUUUUUGUAUAUAUAAUAUAUAUUUUAUAACUUAGCGUGGGUUGUUGCCUUCCACAAGUUUAGCAUUAAAAUUUCUUUCUAAACUAUAAGACAUCAUGAGCCUUACUGAAAUGAAGUGCUUCUUGAAGCAGGUACUCAAAGAUAAACCUGAAAUCAGAGCUAUUAGAGUUACUUGUGUCUGGACCAUACCUAACCGCUUCAUUUAUUUUAUGCUCUCCUGCCUUCAGCAUUCUCUUGUGUAAGUGCUAGUGAAGGUUAACAGUUUUAGUAUGCAAAAGCUACAUUAAAUAACCAUUGGGAGAUUGUCUCCCUCAUGAGAAAAUGUUACAUUUUACAAGUAAUCCUCUUCUGUGUAUUUUGUAUUUAUAUAUAAAUGACAUGGUAAAUGUGCGUCUUCAUUUAGAACAUGUAAAGACUGAGAGGACAAGAAUUCUUUAACUAGGUAAGAAAGAUUUUUCUAAAUUUCUAAAUCUCUCAUAAUGAGGGUUGAAAAGGUUUAAAAACAAAUACUUUUAAAAAAAUCAUCCUAAACUCAUCUGCAGAAAAGGUACAUUUUGUAGCACAUGACAAUAAUGGUGUAAAAGGAUGAUUCAGACAUU